CGACGCUGAGCGCCCAUGGGGCCUUGCGGCGGCGGUUAAUUCACGUGACCCGGGUCAGCUGACAGCUGGUGCGUUCGCUCUCUCGCUCGGCGGCGAUGGAGUUUCUCUACGGGAAUCCCUUCAGCACCCAAGUCGGGCAGCGAGUUGAACAAGCAACAGAUGGAUCUUUGCAGUCAGAGGACUGGGGCCUGAACAUGGAGAUAUGUGAUAUUAUCAAUGAGACGGAAGAUGGACCAAAGGAUGCGAUCAGGGCUUUGAAGAAGAGGCUUUCGGGAAACAAAAACUUUCGGGAAGUGAUGUUGUGCCUGACGGUUCUGGAGACUUGUGUGAAAAACUGUGGUCAUCGAUUCCAUGUGCUGGUGGCCAGUCGUGACUUUGUGGAGGAUGUGCUAGUGAAAACCAUUCUGCCGAAGAACAAUCCUCCCAAUAUAGUGCAGGAUAAAGUCCUGAGUUUAAUCCAGGCUUGGGCUGAUGCUUUCCGGAGUACUCCAGAUCUCACUGGCGUCGUGACUGUUUAUGAAGAACUGAGGAGAAAGGGGCUUGAGUUCCCUAUGACUGAUCUUGAUGCCCUGUCUCCCAUCCACACACCCCAGAGAACUAUUCCUGAAGUGGACCCAGCAGUGUCACAGAAUUCAGUUCCAGCACAGGCACAGUCAGCAGUGUUCCCUGUCUCUGAACAACCCAUUCCGGUAGCAUCAACUGAAGGUGCAAUUACUCCUUCCCUUGAGCAGGUCGCAAAACUGCGGAGUGAACUGGAUAUUGUUAAUGGUAAUGUCAAAGUGAUGUCUGAAAUGCUGACUGAGAUGGUCCCAGGUCAAGAAGAUCCCUCUGACCUUGAGCUACUACAGGAACUGAACAGAACAUGUCGAGCAAUGCAGCAGAGGAUUCUGGAUCUCAUCUCGAGAGUGACCAAUGAGCAAGUGACAGAGGACCUGUUGCACGUCAAUGACAAUCUCAAUAACAUAUUCCUUCGAUAUGAUAGGUUUGAGAGAUUCAGAACUGGACAGAAGGCUGUCAACCGAGUGCCCAGUGUUUCAGAGAAUGUGGACAACUUAAUAAAUCUUACACCAAGCUCCCCUGCUGUUGUCACUCCAGUUGCUGCAUCUAAUAUCUCGACUCAGAUGGCGGGACUUAGUGUUACAGGGGAAAGUAUGAGUGCAAUUGCAAAGCCAUUGGAAAACAGCCAUCCAAAAACUGAGGAAGAAUUUGACAUGUUUGCACAGACAAGGAGCAAUUCCCUGGCAGAUCAGCGCAAGAGUGUAAAGUAUGAAGAACCACAGGCAAUUGAAGGAUUGGCAGGAGCACUGGAUACUCGCCAACAGAACACUGGAGCAAUUCCAGUCACUCAGGCCAAUUUAAUGGAUGACAUUGAACAGUGGCUGUCCACAGAUGUGAAAGGUGAAUUGGGCAAUGAUUCUGAAGGAGUAACAAGUGAAGAAUUUGAUAAAUUCCUGGAGGAGCGAGCCAAAGCAGCGGAGCGACUGCCUACUCUUCCCUCGCCGCCUACAGAGGCCCCUGGCUCUGUUACUACAUCCAAAAAGAAGCAACAGGAAAAGACGGAGGAUGCCCUCUUUUCCCUGUGAAAACUGGACUCUGCCUCCUGCCUAUCACUCUGUAUGAAGGAAUGCAUCAGGGUAGCCCUGAGCUGUGUCUCUGCUCAAAAUCCAAUUCUUGCUUCUGAAUAGGGAAUGGUACAAAAUAAUUUAAGAAAAAAACACUUUCCAAGAGAAGUUUCGGUUUGAAGAUGGACCCUAUUUUUUAAAAAGCAAAUUCUCUUGAAUGUUCACAGAGCUCCUAGUUAUCCCUGUGGUGAAGUUGUGGAGAUGUCAUUCAAUUACAUAUCGAUGUAGGGAACAGUGGGUUGAUAGCUCAUCCUCAAACUAUUCAUAAGAUAAUUUAAACUGCAGAUUCAAGAGUAUACCUUUUUAUGUAUUCCUCCUCCUAAAUCUAUGUGCAUUAUAUUUAUCUUUUGUAAGCUAAAUUUAGAAAUGGUCUCUAAACUGUAACUUAUUCUAUUUUAAAAGCUUUGGUAGUGAUGACAUGUCAUGAGAUGUGUCGGUAUAUUGGGUAUAAGGUGCUGGCUGCAAGUAAUACAGCUGGUUACAGGUUGACUCUUGAAAUUGAUUCCUUGUUUGCUGUUAAGUGUGCGACUGAUUUGGCAGCAUUCUUUACAGCUUCAGUGUUGUUAUCUAUGCAACAAGACUUCCAGUGCCCUUUCUUCCCUUCCCAGCACCCUGAAAGCUUUUGGAACAUAGAGUCAACGCAGAGAACGGAAAUCUUGAAAAUGGAAGGGUUGCCAGUCCUCCUUGGUUGUCUUGGCAUCAGUUGGCAAAGAAACCAAAAGAAAAUCAUGGCAGUACUAAAACAGAAUCGUUUUUUUUUCUUUGAAUGUUCGUUAGUUGCUGGAAGCUGAAAAUGACUGACUCAGAUGUGCCUUGAUGAGCUAAUGGGAGGAACAAGGGGUGAGGUGACUUUCACUGGGAGAUCGUGGUAAUUCCUUCCAGGAACACAUCAGAGUUGGCAACCCUCGCGGGGGAGAAAAAAAAAUCAUACAAUUAUACAGUGAAUACUAGACCAAUUCUUUGUGGAAGUGGGUGGGUGGAGAGAAUGUACAUUAACAAAAAUAAUUUAAUGCAAAAUAAAUAUGUUUCUCAAUGUUGAAGCAA